UACCUUUAAACUAUUAAACAUUUUUGUGCUACAAAAAAUGAAUUUCUCCGGUGUGACUAAGGUUCCUCGAAUUCAAUUAGUUAGGGUCAUAAUAAACUAGUAUAUAUAACCAUCUUCGAAUCAAACUUAACAAAAAUUAUAUAAAUUUAGUUAUUUAUUUAAACAAAAUAUGUUUACUGCUUUCAAUCGAUUUUCGAAGAAUGUACCUCGUUUUGCCGCAAUAAAAAUAAAACAAGUAAAGUGGAAAGGAAGCUGUAAAGACUUCACUAAGACUCUAGUAAAUUGGCCACAAACUCAGUCAGUCCAACAUUAGCUGUAUCAAAGUGAACAACAAACAACACAUGCAAAAUAAACAAAAUUAAACAAUUAUUAAAAACGCACAAAUAAAAAAGAAAAACAAAAAUAUAAAAUAAAAUAUAAUAAAGAUAUAAUAUAACACCAGGAGAUUAAAAGAUGUAGUGUUUUAAUAAAAAAAUAUGUUUAAACUUAAAUAAAAGAAAUUUCAUUUGGAAAAUUUUAAAUACUAAAAAAUUUUAAACAAAAACGGGAUGAAAAAAAGUAAAAGUUUUUCGAAAUUUUACUUAAAAACUUAACAAAUGUUAGUUUUAUUUAUCAAGAUAUAUGAUUAGAUUAUUAACAAUUUGUAAUGCUUCGAUAAAUAUCGAAAUUUGUGUGGAAUAUUCGACAGAAAACCUUCGUUCGUGUGUUAAAUAUGUGUGUAAUACAUACGUUUGUGACAUUUUGUCACUGAACCAUUAAAAUGUGUUUUCUUUGUGACCUAAAGAAAAUUGAGGCGGUAUUUUACAUUUAACAAACUUCAAACUGAAGUAAAAUUUCACUUGAAUUUUACAAAAUCACUUGACGAGAACAAGUUGAACAAAACGGUUGUGUGUGAAAAGAAACGUUUAAACGGAAAUUUAAAAUUCUACUUGAAAAAAGAUUUAACAAAGGAAAAGGAAGUGUUUUAAAGAAAAUUUCCAAUUGUAAAUGAAUUUAAAUUAAAGUGUGAAUGUGUGAAAAUGUGUUGGUUUUUUAUUGUUAUAAAAUUGUUAAUAUUAAAAAUAUUACUAGCCGGUUUAACGGGUCUUACCACGGCUUCGCGUUACGAUUAUGGUUAUCAUCCUAGUGCCGAGGAGUUUGAUAAUCUGUUACGCGAAACGCGUCGUACCUGGACUCAUACAUUUCUAAAAGCCGAAAGAGAUCGUCUCUUAACAAGUCCUACUCAACGUCCUUAUAUAGCGAUAGAAAAUCGUGCAAAAUCUGAAGCCAGAAGACAUUUUGUGCCAAAAUUUCAAUAUGAUAAUGAAAAGAAAUUUAAUCAAUUUAUUCAGAAUCCUUUGCCAAACAAACAUCAAUACGAUUUACAGCAAGCUUCAUCGCAGAAACAUCCGGUGGUGCCUUUGCAAAAUAUUGGUUCUUCUUUGGAUUUUAAUUAUUUUAGCAAUGAAGAAUCAGAAUCCGCCUUCAAUACACCCCAGUCCAUAAAACAUUCAUUAAUAAGGCAACCGCCAGUGCCUACCACCACCACUAAACCUAUUAUGGAUAUUAAACCCUUUACUCCAGCUUUGCCCGAAAUCAAUUUGAAACCUAUAGCCAAACCGGAUAUUUUAAAUUCUAACAAAUAUUCUUUAAAUAAUCUCUAUAGAAAUAACAGUCAAGGACAUUUUCCUAUAUAUUUCACCAACCCCGCCACAGGCAUAGUUUAUGCAAUAACUGAAGUGGGUAAAUCAACGGAAAAUGUUACCAGAACUAAUGGCACCAUACCUAUAUUCAUAACUAAAGAACAAUAUGAACGGGAUAUAUUUCAGUUGAAAAAUGAAUAUGAACAAAAAUGUCAAAACUUUCAACACAGUACUACCACCAGACCACAAAUCAUAAAAAUACAAAAUUCACCCACUUCCUUAUUAACAACGAAAUUUUCUCCUCUUACUUCUGCUAGCACUAAUCCUUUAAAGAAACCCUCUCCGGUGGUGAUAAAGACCCAAUUGACGGUCAAAGAUAAGAAAACAACUACUGUUAGACCUUUAAGAAAGAAGAAAAAGAAAACAAAACUAAAGCGUAAAAUCAAAAAACAAAAUACUCCUGGACGUAAAACUGUGGCCACCACAAUUAGACCUAUUUCACCCAAUCAUCCUCAAGGUCCUGCUAUUAUAAUGGGUUCUAGAACCACAACUAGGAAGCCUUUAACCAAUACUGAAAAAUUGCCUACGCAAUUGGAAAAACCUAAUUUUGAUAAUAUAUUUUCCAGUGCUGUAGCGCCACAGACAGCUAGUCUUCCAGCAGGAUCAUUGAAUCCAAAUUUAUUUAUUAAUAAUCACAGAGUUAAUAAAAGAUCUGCUAAGGAAGAAAUAAAAAGUUUUGAAUUCAAGGAAAUCAUUUUAAAAGAUCAGAAAGAACAUAUUGAUACCCAGUUAAAACCACCAACAUUAGCCACGAAAUUUACCAACAAAUCCUCGAUCUUAACUGAGCUCUUGUUAAGAAAAGAUACGGAAAAUAAUAAGUCAAAGAAAACUCUGGAUAAUUUUAAUAUAUUUAAUACUGAAAAUUUAGUAAAUAAUUUUAAUAAUUCCAAAAAUAGUUUAGAAACUAAACAGAACUUAAAAAGUGAUUUUCAGAUGCCAAAUUUUAAAACCUCCUUAAAAAUAUCUAGUGAUUUAAAUGCCACAAUUCUUUUUCAAAAUUUAACUAAUAAAAAUCUAAAAAACUUAAAAAUUAAAGAAAAUUAUUUACAAAAUUCAUUAAUUAAUAAAACUUUGAAUACUAAACAUCUUUUAAAUAAAAGAUCUUUACCAAAAUUUAUUAAAAAAUCAACCAUUAAUGAAACAGAAACAAAUAAUACAAUAACAAAUUCCGAUCAGCAAAGAAGUUUAAAAUCUUAUGUAAAACCUUCUACAACAAAUAUUAAUUUGAAAUCAGAAAAUAAAUCCAAAGUUAAUAUCACCAAUAGUGGCAAAAGAUCUUUAAAACGUGUUAAACAUUUGAAAAAACGUAAAAGAUUAUCCAAAAUGAAAGUAAAUAAAAAUUCAAAAUUAAAACAAAAUUCUACGAAAACAAAUGCUAUUCCUAACUUAACUACUACCCCCAGAACUGUAAAGCAGGGUACUAGAACGUCUAACAACAAAAACAAAAAAAUAGAGAAAAAAUCGGAAAGACAACAAGAUACAGAAUAUUAUUUUUUUGGUAUAGGUGAAAACUAUGAUGAUGAUGAUGAUGAAGAAGAGGAGGAUGAAGACGACGACGAUGAUGAUGACUACGAAGAUGAGGAAGAGGAUGAUAAAGAUAAUGGUGAAAUUUUAGCCUAUGAUUAUGAAGAGAGUGGAGUGCCGCACACUAGUGAGGUGAGUUUAUCAUUGGAGGAUUUAAGUGAAAAACCUACACAAGAAACCAGCAGUUCACCGGAAGAGGAGGCCGAUAUAGGUGCCGUAGAAAUAGAGCGUGUGGAUAUUAAAACUCCUGUUUUAGAUUAUGAUAAUUCGGGCCCACUUAGUUUAAAAACCAAAUCCGCUUAUAUCAAAAAACGCAUACGCCGCAGACCACCACAAUUUAAAAUUGAUGAUGACUACGAAGACGACGAUGAUGACAGUAGUAUGUCUGCAAAUUUGGGAGGAUUUUUUCGCAUGAUUUUCUAUCCCAUACAAGUGGUAAUGACCAGUGUUAUGGACUCGAUUGGAGGCAAAAAUGCGGACGAGGAAGAAGAUGAUCCCGCCUUUAAUCCCUAUACACAAUAUACAUCCUAUCAUAAUACUCUAAAACAACAUUCUAGUGAUGAAUAUGAUGAAGAUUAUGAUUCAAAUGAAUCUGCCGGUUCUUCUCUAAGCAGCUGGCUUAGUUCUUGGUUUGGUUUAAAUCGUCGCAAUAAGAAAAUUGGCAGUACUACAGUGGCACCCAUUAAAGUGAAACCUACAAAAUCGUCUACUAGUUGGUUGUCAUCUUGGUUAGGUUUUGGUGCAAACGACAAAGUUUCUACAGAUGCAGCUUCUACCGAAGAUUAUGAUGAAUAUGAUAAAUGGUUUGCCAGUUGGUUUGGAGAAACGAAACCAAAAGCCAGAAAAAGAACUACUACAACAACUUCAACUACCACCCAGAUACCACAUGUACCCAUAUUGACCAUUGUGGAUCCCAUGAAGAAUCCUCAAAAUUGGAUAGGUAUAUUAGCUCAUCAUAUUAUUAAUCAUACCUCCACGUCCACGGCAAAUCCUUUAAAAGAUAUUUGGAAUCAAGUCACCAGUACAACGACGGAAAAUCCUGAAAUACCACGAAAAAUUUCAUACGAUAAAUAUCAGAUAUGGAGACUCAAACCACAAGAUGACAGUCAGGUCAAGGCUUUGGAGGAAUAUAAGAAAAGUGAAGAUGGCAUAAAGCUACAAUGGCUAAAAGGGCCCAGUUUAAGAGGUUUAACUGAUGUCUUGGUGCCACCUAAAAUGUUGGUGGAUUUUCAAGCUUCCCUUACAUUUGAACUAAUUGAUCAUGAGGUCUUGAUAUUCGAUGUGGGUAAAGCUAUAGCUUAUGAAAAGACCAAAGAAGAUUAUUUCUUUACUACUACCCAAAAGCCUAAGAAACAUCUUAGUAAAACUCCCCCCAUUACCGGCAUGACUUGGCAUAAAUAUUACGAAUACGAUGAUAUUAUAAAAUUUCUGGAAACCAUGCGCAUGCGUUUUCCCCAUUUGGUGGAACUUAUACAUAUUGGUCGUUCUUAUGAGGGUAGACCAUUGAUUGUUAUGAAAAUCGAAAGUAAGGAGGCGGCUGCUGUGAAUACGGCCCAUUAUCCGGCACAUCAGCGUAAUAAGUUAAGGCAUAAGAAACGUAUCGGUUUGGCAAAUGCUGUUUUUAUAGAGGCUGGUACACAUGGCAUGGAAUGGAUUGGUCCAGCAACGGCUACUUGGAUUAUAAAUGAGCUAUUGAGGAUUAUGAAGAAAAAUAUUACCGACGACCAGAGUUUCAUACGCAAUACAACUUGGUAUAUUAUGCCAGUUUUGAAUCCCGACGGUUAUGUUUACAGUCAUGAAUAUGAUCGUUUUUGGAAGAAAUCAAGAUCUCGUCAUAUUUCUCGACCUUCGGGUAUCUUAAAUUCUGCCAUGACUUGGUUGCAGAAGAAACGAACAAAAGAGAAGGUUUGCUUUGGCGUUGAUUUAGAUCGCAAUUGGCAUUAUCAGUGGGGUAAACGUGGCAGCUCUAAAACGCCUUGUAAUGAGUUCUAUGCUGGUCCCACACCAUUUUCAGAACCGGAAACAAAAGCUUUAUCGGAAUUUCUAAUGGAUUAUCGAACGCAAAUUAAGCUUUUCGUGUCUAUGCAAGCUUAUGGACAAAUUAUAAGUUAUCCCUAUAAGGCCAAUACCACCUACGAUUCUGAACGCUUAGAUGAUCUAUUGGAUGUUGCAAUGGUGGGCACCGAUGGUUUGCGUAAAAAGGGCAGUAAAUCAAGAUAUAAAAUUGAUUCUUCUAAUGAUUUAAUAGAAAAUAAAUCGGGCUGUUCGGAUGCUUUUGCCGCCUACGAAGCAGGCAUACCCUUUAGUUAUACUUUACAAUUGGCCGAUAAUGGUGUGCAUGGUUAUUUGUUGCCUAGUGCUUCAAUUGAAUCAACAGCUAAAGACUCGUUUGAAAUUAUUACAGGAAUGUUGGACUAUAUAUGAUAGGUGUUCGGGAUAUUUUUAGGUUUUCAUUUUCUUUGUAUAUUUAUUUACACUUGACACUUGUAAAAUAAGUUAAUUUAGUACAAAAUUCGCAAAAAAAUAUAAUUUAAAAUAUGUUCUUUUUUUCCCUUUAUUUAUUCGAAUGAAAACGUUUUCCGAACAGAAGAAUUUUGUUAGCAAUUAAAUAAACUAUUGUGAAUGAAUAGUUUUUGGAAUAUUCGUGAUCGAAACUUUGUUUGAAAAAAAAGUCUCAUUAUAAAGCAUUUUGCUUCCACUGGCAUCGUUUAAAAGAAAAGAAUGUUAUUUCGUAAAGUACCAAAAGAGAUCAUCACCAAUCAUCAUUCCACUUGAAAUAUGUUCCCUUUUCACUAUUUUCGUUCACUAACUUUCCCCUGUGAAAUUUGUUGCUGGAACUUUUAUUAACAUUAAACAGCAGUUCCAUACAAAAUCAACUAUUGUGAAUGAAUUGUUCACAAGUUCACGAUAGCAUUUUUUCUUUCAAGGGAAAUGAAAAUUUCAAGGGAAUAAAAUUCUCACUAUUAUUGCCGAUAGUGGUGAUUAUGUUAAGAAUUUCAUGACUGUGCUGCGUCAGAUGCGCAAAUCCUUUACAGCGAUGCAUUAGAAGCAUUUUGAUAAAAUUGUACUUCAUUCCAAAUGAAGGCUUGAGCUCUCUAUGUAGCUGUUAAGCUGAUUAUAGCCAUAAGGUCGAAAAACGAAUAACUACACAAUGCGCUCUCUGUUCUUUUGCUUAAUUUUAUUCUAUUUCUUUAAUUACUAAAGAGCAGUUUGACAAAGAGUACAUGAAUCCGAAAAUGACAGUAAUUUCCAUCAACGUUUAAUAAACUUGUUAGCUCGUAAUCGUAUUCCUUUUGGAAUGUACACUUUGUAAACUAGAGUAGGAAGUAAUCAUUUUACUGUCACCAAGUAAACUAAAGUGUAAGCACGCAGUAAAAAAAUCGAAAAUGUUCUCUAUAAUCCUUCUAAAACAAAAACAUGUUAAAAAAGUUCGUCAGCUGACUAAAGAGGUAACUUUGGUGAUAGGUUAAAUAGCUAGUGUGUCCCUCCCCCAAACUGCUAGAUAUUUUAACUAUUUACUUGUUUCAAGUUGAAAUCCUACUAAUUUUAAUUAAACUUAAGCGCUAUUUAUUUAUACAACAAUUAAUUUUAAUAUUUAUUGAAAACAAAAACUAAUAUUUAAGCUUUUUUUAAUAUAUAUAUUAUAAUUUAAGUUAUUUAUUUCUAUUACUUAAAAGCACCACAUUCAUUAUACAACAAUAAAGAAAGGAGUGAUUUUGA